AUGGCGAUACGAGGUACAACAGUCACUUUUGAGCUAGAUGUGCCUGCUACCAACGUGUUUGCCCGAGCAGCAGCAGAAACUUCAGCAGAUUGUCAAACCAAUUGUGAUAAUGUUCCAACAUGUGCUAGUAUUAAAUGUAAAUCGAAUCAGCAAUGCCAACAACAAACACGAACAGGUUGUGUAUGUCAACUGUACUAUUGUGUGGAUGUUUCUGGACCAGCCACGGGGACUAAUGUCGGGGGGAUUGUAGGAGGUGUAGUGGGUGGGGUUGGUUUAUUGAUCAUUGCAGGGGUGGUAUAUUUUUUACUAGUGUAUCGCAGAAAGCACCCGGUACAAGAAGAUGAUGACAUUGAAAUGGGGAGUACUGGAAGUCAAUAUGUGGACAAUGACAAUGAUAGCAGCUAUGUGAUCAGUAACAUAGACAGUCAUAUCGGAGACCCAAACCUGUCACCACUUCCUGGUGCAUCCAGUGGAGCAGGGAGUAUCAGGGGCACUGGUAGAGCGCUUGCACCACCAGAACGUCGACCUGCCAAUAGAAGAUUAUCAACUUAUGAAUCUUUCACUAGACCGACCGCUAGACAUGCGCCUAAAAAGGUUCAAAAUAGAAGUAUCAAUAACCAACAAAGACUUCAACAACAAAGACAACAAGAAAGAAUGCAACAACAAUUACAACAACAUCCAUAUCUUGAUCCAAAUACUUCAAAUAGAAACUCGGUUGCAACUUCUAUAUCCACUACCAAUGCAUCCAAUAUUCUACCAAUUGCAUAUAUUCCCGGGGUCACGGUAAGGCCUACAAUCAAUAAUACUAGAUCGAUCUAUUCAUAUGAGACAGAGUCAGUAUUUUCUGACUUGAACACCAUUGAAAAUGCAUCUAUUAUUGGUGCCAAGCACCAUCAUAUCGAUGGUGCUUCUCAAAAGGAUUCCACCAUGACUGCAAUUAAAGCACAACCUAGAUUAGUUAAUGUGGGGAAAAUUGAAGAAGAAGAAGAGGAAGAGGAUUACGAUGAUGAUGAUGACGAUGAAGUACAUGGAGUACAUGGAGUGGAAGAGGUUAGCGAUAGAAUGAAUGACAGUGAUAUUACCAGAAUAGAAAACUCUGGUGCUGGGGUUGCUAAAAACCAUCAUAUGUCACUCAUGGAUGGUACUACGGAUGAAAGUGAAGAUUCCGAUAUAGAUUCCGAUAUCGGAGAGAUUGUGCGGGCCACAAGUUUGCGGAGAUCAGAAGCAAAUGGCGCACAUCAACAAACCCAAGAUGAAGGGAAUUCAGAGACUCUUUUGAACCUCGUCGAGAUCGAAAGACCCCCACAGGCACCACUUGCAUCUGUGCAACUGCCACAAUCAAGUUUACAGGGAUCAUUUUUACUUGAUGUAGAUAUCUUAAGAACAACAACGAAAGGUAGUGGUGGAUCUUCAAGCCCUUUCGAGGAUCCGACUGAUCGUUUAUAA